CAGGCUGGACCGGCCUGGCCGGUAUUUAAGAGGCGAAGGCCGCAGCCAGCACGACUUGGCCGUUCCCUUAUGCCAGCCUUGACUCUGCGACCGCAAGACUGAAUUUCUCCCCGCUUCCUCCAGGAAAGGAGGAGGAACAGGAAAAGGAGGGCGAAGGCGGCGGCGGCGGCGCCGACGGGCCUUUGGGCUGAGCGCUCCGCUGUGCUCCCCGGGCCGGCUUGCGGAGCCGCCAGCGCUGUCCUCCCCUCCUCGGCUUUUGGUCUCGCCCACUCCCCUCUCUCUUUCUCCCUGCCAUGUUGGAUUGUGCGGGCGCAGCCAGGGAGAAGUUGGAAGUUUAGAGCUUUUCGGGAAAGCAGCAGCAGCCGCCGCAAAAGAAAGGGUGAGGAGUGAGCGCUCCCUUUGCCGGGGCCUACCGGGUGCGGCCUAGUCAGCCAGCCCCUCUCCGCCCCCAUGCUGCUGCCGCUGCAGCUGCAGUAGUGAGCCAGGCUGCUCCGCCGCACUCGCAGGGGGACGCCGGGCCCGAGUCACCCCGGAGGAGCAGGAGGGCGGCUGAAGGGGGGGAAGGCGACGAGGCCCCUCGGCCGGCCGCGAUGAGCAACAACCAGCAGCAGCAGCCCCCGCCGCCGCGGCGGGUCACCAACGUGGGCUCCCUGCUGCUCACCCCGCAAGAGAACGAGAGCCUCUUCGGCUUCCUGGGCAAGAAAUGCGUGACGAUGUGCUCUGCAGUUAUUCAGAUUUAUGCAGCAGAUCGCAAUGCAGUGUGGUCAAAGAAGUGCUGUGGUGUAGCCUGCCUUGUGAAAGACAAUCCACAAAGGUCUUAUUUUAUCAGAAUAUAUGAUAUCAAGGAUGGAAAACAGUUAUGGGAACAAGAAUUGUAUAAUAAUUUUGUAUAUAAUAGUCCUAGAGCAUAUUUUCAUACCUUUGCUGGAGAUACAUGUCAGGUGGGUCUUAAUUUUGCUAAUGAAGAAGAAGCUAAAAAAUUCCAGAAGACAAUAACAGACUUACUUGGACGGCGCCAACGAAAAUCUGAGAAAAGGAGAGAUCUACCAAAUGGUCCAAGUCUACCAAUGGCAACUGUUGACAUCAAAAACCCAGAAAUCACCACCAAUAGAUUUUAUGGUUCCCAAGUCAAUAAUAUCCCCUAUACCAAAGAGAAGAAAAAAGGAAAAGCAAAAAAGAAGAGACUGACAAAGGCAGAUAUUGGGACUCCUAGCAACUUUCAGCAUAUUGGGCAUGUGGGCUGGGACCCAAAUACAGGUUUUGAUGUUAACAACUUGGAUCCAGAGCUGAAAAAACUGUUUGAUAUGUGUGGAAUUUCAGAGGCUCAGCUGAAAGACAAAGAAACGUCCAAGGUUAUAUAUGAUUUUAUUGAAAAAACAGGAGGAGUAGAAGCUGUUAAAAAUGAGUUACGUAGACAAGCUCCACCUCCACCUCCGCCAUCUAGGGGAGGCCCACCUCCUCCCCCACCCCCACAUAGCUCAGGGCCACCACCACCUCCUGCUAGGGGAAGAGGAGCUCCUCCGCCCCCUCCAUCAAGAGCUCCAACAGCAGCACCACCACCUCCGCCACCUUCUAGACCUGGUGCUGCAAUGCCCCCUCCUCCACCAAAUAGGAUGUAUCCUCCUCCUCCACCAGUUCCUUCUUCCUCUGCACCCCCAGGCCCACCACCAUCAGGUGGUUCAUGUGUGCCUCCACCCCCACCACCACCGCCACCCCCUCCUGGGCCGCCUCCACCACCUGGUCUUCCAACAGAGGUUGACCAUCAGCUUCCAGUUCCUUCAGGAAACAAAGCUGCUCUCUUAGAUCAAAUCCGAGAAGGUGCACAGUUAAAGAAAGUGGAACAGAACAGUCGGCCAGUCUCCUGCUCAGGAAGAGAUGCACUGCUUGAUCAGAUACGGCAGGGUAUACAGCUGAAGGCUGUAUCUGAUGGCCAAGAGACUGCACCUCCUACGCCUGCACCCACCUCAGGUAUUGUGGGAGCACUAAUGGAAGUUAUGCAGAAAAGGAGCAAAGCCAUUCAUUCUUCAGAUGAAGAUGAGGAUGAAGAAGAUGAAGAAGACUUUGAGGAUGACGAUGAAUGGGAUGACUGA